AUGGCAUGUAUAGCAUGUCGUGAGAGUAAAGUCAAGUGUGAUGGCGAUGGCAAUGAGAAGUGCUCUAGCUGCGUGAACAAGCUGCGUGAAUGUCGAUACCAAGCCGUGGACAAGAGAAAACUGCCCCUGCGAGUUGCUAUAGAGCUGCUAACAAGUCGGGUCAACCAGCUCUAUCUAUUUGUUCAUCAAAAUGGAUUAGAACCCCCAUGCAUGCCGCAAGAAAAAGAUGCAGCUCUAGCAAAAGUACUUGACAUACUAGGGCUAACUGAGUUCCACUCCGCUUCGCCUCAACUUAAUGCCCAUUCCUCGAGCGCGACUGUGACUGAGCGUCUACCGUCUGAUACACCAACUUUGUUGAAUUUCCCCACUGACCUGGGUGUUACGGGAGAUGCCGAGAAUCUAAUAGAUCAUGCCUCUAUGGAAGAUGCUUUGUGUGCUCCUCAUCCGGAUAUUAUUCAAAUCCCAGACUCUCAGGCUGUGCCCGAGUUACCUAUAGUUUCGGAUGAGACUACGGACAUUCCACUCACAGAUUCAUACCCAUUGGAAGAUAUCUCUGAUACCCCACUAGCCAGCUUGGACUGGAAUCUUGAAAUUGUCAAAUGCAUGACUCCACCAUCCCAGGACUUUCAGGGCCUACUUGGUGGCACCUCCUCGGUAGAGACACUGGAGCGGGAAUUAGAGGGAUUGCCGGAUCCCUUCGGACCUCCUGUUACCACCAGUUCAGGAAGUCCCGAGAAAGAAACAAGAAGUCCGGAAAGGAUAGAAGAUCUCAUCGACGAACUCUCUGACCGGGUGGGAACAUUACGCUUCGGUCCUGAAGGACAGCCCCAUUUCUAUGGCCCUACUUCAACAUUUAAUCUUCCCGAUGCUCCUGUGACUACUAAACCCCAAACACAUCGUACGUUGGAUUUUUGUGACAAUGAUAUUGAUCCUGGUGAGGAAGCCCCUCUAGCUCUGGAUGAGCACCUGCUCAACCUAUACUUUACUUGGCAAGAUCCAUCAUUCCAUGUGGUUGAUCGAGAAAUGUUUGAGAAAGCAAGAAGAGCCUGGCAAGCAAAAGAAGAAACACCAUUUUAUUCCGAGGCACUCUGCUACGCAAUGUGCUCUCUCGGUGCAGCCUUUGAAACUCGAUAUCAUCCAUCCUUCGUCACAUUUCCAAAGUCUUUAGUGGAACACUUUGGAGACCGUGCAAAGGCACUUCUUGAGAUUGAGCUAGACUCUCCCUCUGUAGCCACAGUUCAAGUUCUGGUAAUUAUGAGCAGUCAUGAGGUUGGAAAUGGCCAAGAUACUCGAGGGUGGCUUUACAGUGGAAUGGCUCUACGGCUUGCUUUCGAUCUCGCUCUUCAUAUUGAUCUUUCUUCAUAUGUUGCUCGUGGAUCUAUCACUGCUGCUGAUGCGGGGUUACGCCGGACUGUUUUCUGGGCGGCAUAUAUGGUUGACCAUCUUGUCGGAUUCAACCUUGGCAGACCGUUCUACACCAACAUGGGGAAUGUGACAGUAAAGAAACCAAAUACUGACACCUGCCGCCAAGAGCCCUCCAAAUGGAGACCAUACGCAUGCCCUAUUUCAUUCGGCAACAAAUACGAGUCAAUAGACUUAGUAGAAGCCGUGAGUGAACAAGAAGUAUCUCUUUGUGAGGUGAUGGCACCUUGUGGCUACUUCCUCUACGGAAGCUCAAACCUCUCAAAACUCCUCCUCCAACAGCAAAACGUCAAAGUCGUCGCUCGCCUCCUAGACUGGAAAGCCUCACUCCCCCAGUCCCUUCAAAUCGAUCUAAACGACCACGCAACCCCCUAUCUCCCACACGUCCUCCUCCUGCACAUGCAAUUCUUCCAGAACUUAAUUCACUCCCACCGACCCUGGAUGUCAAAGGACUAUCUCCAACCUCAACCACCCGUAGGACCAGGCCACACGCACGCAAGGGAGAUGUGCAUCCAAUCUGCAAUCUCCAUCGCGAAGAUCCUAGUUCUCUACGAGAAAAGAUAUACCCUCCGCUGGAUAAACGUCAAAGCAGUCUCCAUCACAUCCUCCGCUAUUCUGCUUCUUCUUUUUGCGGCUGUAUCACACUACCCGCUCGCGAAGAAUGAAGAUAUAACCGCUCAUCUUGGAACGUGCUUUAGGGCCCUUGAUGAGUUCUCUUUGUCUUGGCAGAGUGCUAAUAAAGUUAAGGAUUUGUUGAUUCGGUUACAGUAUAAAUGGGAGUUGAAGACCCGUGCUAGAAAGCAGAGUCGGGCUUUGGACGGGGAUAUUGAUCCCCCGAGAAAGAUGUCGCGGACGGCGAAUAGCUCUGCGACUGGGCAUGGGGUUUCACGGUCUGAUGAUGGUAUUUCACUUGCGCAUCCUAGUCUGCGGGAUUUGCAACCUGAUUCCGGGCUUGGGUGGAUGCUUAUGCUUAGUGGACAGCUUCCGGCUGAUGGUGAUGAAGAUCUUUAUUCUAGUGUUGCUAAUACUGCUAUUCCUGGGGUUUACUAG